GAAAACGUGGUCAAACACAUUUCUCAACACUGCAUAGAACCAAAGCUGUUCCAGUAGCAAUUCAAGCAGUCAUGUCGCGGUACAACAACGGCGAGGGGCAGAAUUACUAUGAGCCGUACAGGGGCAACAGCUUUGCCUCUCACGGCUGGGUCUACACCGGCCACAACACCAAUUCGCGUGUGGCCUUCUACGAGAACUCCGCCGGCGUGAAGAUGGACUACUACUACACCACCGGCACGGUCAAGACUGUCAUGAGCCACCCGCGCAAGGGCCCCACGCAGCUCUUCCGCCGCGACCUGUCCGCGGCCGAAGAGGACCGCGUGCUGGAGAACCCGCGCGCCCACACCGGGAAGGGCUACUACACUAAGAGCGACAACUCAUACCGUGGCAGCAGCGGCAGCAGUAAGUCGUACAACAGCGACAGCUACAACUACAAUGGCAGUGGGAGCGGUGGCUACAGCAGCGGCGGCGGCUACGGCUACAGCUCGUACCGGAAUGACCGCAAUGACCGCAAGGAGGCCUACUACGGCCGCAAGAACUACAGCCGUAAGAACUACAGCCGCAACUACUACUAUGACUAGUGUAAGCACUGUGGUUGGGGCUGAAGGGGAAGGACGCUAGGGCUGUGUCUGUAUGAAGUGGCUCAGCAGCGCCGCAGGUGAUUGCGCCGCGUGCGGCAUGCAGGAUGGGGGCAUGGCUGCAGCUUGCGGGACUUGUUAAUGAAUAUUAAACUCACUUUGGCAGUGGCUGGCUGGGCUGGAAUGGAACACAUGCACGACGGGCGAAGACGGGGAGGCUGCAUGGCAGCAUCCCCAUUGCUCGCGCCGCUAGAGGGCAGGUCUGCGCCGGCCAGGUUGCCGGACGUGCCGGUUAGGCCAAUGCCCCGGGCACCUACAGUAAAGAGUUCGGCGUUCGUGUAAUCAUGUUGCAUGCAGAACUCACGGAAGUGUGUGCCUAUUGUAAUGAAGUCGUAAG